AUAACACAUAGAGGCGGAGGGUGCAAAGGAACCGCAGGCGGGAGAGGAAGUUGCUGCUGGACAGUCGCCAGCUCUGAGGGGUUUUGCACCUCUCUGGCUGCAAGGCAGCUCCCUCGGGUGCCAUUUGAAGAUGCACUGGCAUCGGGAUCCCUGGUGCCCACUGGCACCAUCGGUGCUGCUCUGCCUGGUGCUGCUGGCUGCAGCCAGCGGCCAAGGACCCCUGGAGUGCUGGGAACAAGCCGUGUCUGCCAAUGGAGCGCUGCACCUGCAGCUGGAGAAACCCCCGCAGGGAUGGACAAAGGUCACAUGGAGAGUGAGACUGGAUGCGGGAUACCAGCAGCGGAUCCUGACGGUUGAGAAGUAUAAAGCUGACCUAUUCUCCAACAGUACUUUUUUUGGGAGAGCUGUUUUCCAGCAGGAGACCUUCUCCCUGCAGAUCAGCCUGGUUAGCACAGCAGACAGUGGGGUCUAUGAGGCAGAAUUUGAGGACACAUCAGGCACCCUGACUACCCGGUGCUUCCGUGUGUCAGUGUGGGAGCCCGUCCACUCGCUGCACCUGGAGACACACAUCCUGGACUGGGAACAGGGCUGGUGCAACCUCUCACUGGUCUGCACUGUGUCUGGUGCUGGCAACGUCUCCUACAGCUGGUCCUGCAGUGGGGAUCCCUGGGGAGCCCUGGAGCACCAGCCCUGGCUGCACCUGCAGGUCCAUGGGGAUGCCGACCCCACCGUCUGCCGCUGCAACGUGAGCAACCCGGUGAGCUGGAGCACAGACAGCACCAACGUCACAGCAGCUUCCUGCCAAGCUGUGGCCUCAGGGCAUUCCAGCAUCAUUCCAUGGUGGGCAGUGGCUGUGUCCCUGGUGCUGGCACUGGCCAUCUCCAUAGCCCUCAUUGUCUCCUGCUACUGGUGGAGGAAGCGAGCAAAGGACCCCCCGGCAGGACAAGUUGAGCAGAUGCUGACUGUCUACGAGGAGGUGGGCAAAGCCCAAACCGGCCGAAACCCCAAUGGGACCAGUGAGGCCACCGUGGGAGGAAACACUGUCUAUGCUGUCAUCUGCACCAAAAUGCAGGGACCCAGCCACCCUCAGGAGCCCAAAAGCUACACCAUCUACUCCACGGUUCAGCCCACCAUGAAGUCGUCUUCUCUCAAGAAGAAGAGGUUGGACCCAGCUUUGGUUUCCACUGCCUACGUAGAGGCUACGGGGGGUUCUAGAAGCUGGUGUCCCCCGUUGCAGACAUCACCCCCGGCUCCUGCUGGCUACCACCAUUCCUAGUGCCCCGGCUGCCUCAGCAAGACCUUCCCUUCCC